UGAAACUAAUGAUUCAAAACAAUUGUAAUGAAAUUUCGGCAAAGUCAUCCUCAGCUUGAUUUUGAUGUGACGAUUUGAUUGUAACGGUGCUAAGCUACGCCGCCAAUUUCCGACCCAGUAGCUCAACGUAUAGGGGCAUAUUGUCUCUUCCGGAGAAAUGUUGACAGACUAAACGUUUAAAAAGCGAGCAAUUCGUUAGCUUUGUUAAUGUUGCAGUAAUUGACGCGUACGUAUACAUGACACCAGAGUAGUGAUAGUGAUUGACAGAAGAAGAAGAAGAUGUUACUGAUAGAGUACAGAGUGUGUUUGCCUGUGAGUGUGGAGGAAUACCAGGUGGCACAGCUGUACAUGAUCAUGAAGAAGAGUCAGAAGGAGUCCGAGAGUGCAGGGAGUAGAGUUGAGAUAAUGUGCAAUGAGCCAUAUGAAGAUGGCCCAGGUGGUACUACCGGGCAGUACACGAGGAAGCACUAUCACAUCGGAGAACGACUGCCCAAGUGGGCCACAUCAAUAAUCACGAAGCCUGUGUUGGAAGAGGAAGCGUGGAACGCUUACCCUUACACUAAGACGAAGUACACCUGUCACCAGGCACCGGCCAUGAUCAAAGACAGCUUCUCCCUCUCCAUCGAGACCAAGUACCUGAACGAUAUCGGCAACUCCGAGAACGUGUUCAACCUGUCAGCCUCCGAGCUCAGACAACGCAGAGUGUACCACCUGGACAUGAUCAAUGACUACAAGGACGUGUAUGUGGAGGAGGAGGACCCCCUGAAGUUCGUGUCAGAGAAGACGGGGAGGGGUCCCCUGGGGAAGAACUGGAUCAAAGAGAGGGAUGGUCAGAAGGAAAUCCUCUGUGCAUACAAACUGUGCAGAAUCAGAUUCGACAACUACUUCUUUGGACAGAAAGUGGAGAAUGAUUUGAUCCACGAGCGUGCCCUUAAGAAGUUGCUCAUUCACGCACACCGACAGGCGUGGUGUUGGCAAGACGAAUACUAUGGACUAAAAAUGGAAGACAUGCGAAAACUAGAAGCAGAGGCAGCCGAAGAUCUGAACAAACGCUUUGCAAAUAUCGACGCAAACGGAAACAUCAAGGAAAGUACAACUGAACGUUCGCAUCCGGAAGGUUCAGAAGCAAACAAAAUAGCAGCCAACAAUCCGGAGAAGAACGGAACCUCAUCAGCAGUAGACGCUCAGUCCAGAAGACGAAAGGUCGGCAAGUUGGACUCCGUUUCGAGUGAUGCCAGCAAUGGAAGACUAACUCAUGAAAAAGUUCCAAGUGAAAAUGGCGAUGGCUUUGGCAGCACCAACGGACAAUCGAAUGACAGUGUUGUCAACUACAUUUCGCCAACUUCUCUGGUCAAGGAACAACUGACAAGGUCAGCCGAAGCUUCACCGAAUCAACGUCAUUCCGCCGAGCCAGUGUCACGGCAGUCAACAAAUCUGAUAGAUGCUACGGAACAAGGAGGUUGUGAAGUGGAGAGGGACUCCUCGGCCACUGAGAGUUUCGCAGAUCUGGAGAGUGAGGGUGAGGACGAAGGUGACAAAGACGACGAGUUCUUCGAUGCUCUCUCUCAGCAGCUGUGCAACUCCACGCUUAUCUUAGACUGUGAGCCAGAUGGGACAGAAGCUACAGGACAGUCGCAAGAGGGGUCAUUUGCACUGGACAAGAGCCAUGAAGAGUCUUUCCUCUCGACUGAACCAAUUGGCAAAAAUGUCCUAAUCUUGCUCUCUGCCGACAGUCUGUUCAAAUACGACAAGACAUCAUUCUCCGACUACGAACAGUUCUUCCGGGAAAACAUCUUCAAAAUCCUGCAGAGGUUUUUCCACUCACAACCCCAAUCGACCAUCGUGAAAUCAUUCUCGCUGCCUUUGGGGCUCAUAUGCGACUUGCAAACACAAAUGUCACAAGUUUCCGAAAAAAAUAUAGGUCACGCUCGUUACAGAUCGAGAGAUAUUUUCGAUUCCGAACCACUUGAGUUCGGAUCGCAUACAGUCGCAAUGUCAACCGCGGCUCUUUUCAUGCCAAAACAACCAAGCUACUCUCAGUCUGUGGAAGAAGUCUCAACUGAUAUUGAAAGAUACAUCAAGAAUUUAAAAUCUGAAAUAGGAGAUUAUGUUGAUUUCGAAGUAUCAGUUAUUUGCGACAAUCUAGCUUCUGUUUUGUUCCACGAUAUUCUCACAGGGUUUUCUCCAGCAAGUAAAGUUAACCAAAAAAUGCCAAACAUUAGCGUUUGUGAUGCGUUCCCAAUAUCCAAUGUGUAUUAUCUUGGAUCCUCUUUGGGUUUCGUACUUUCGUUUUACGGCAGAGGCAAUCAGUCGAGACUCACUUUCCCUCUCUAUAAUUUAUUCUUUGCCGAAGAUUCGUGUUCAGCGAGACUGGAACCUAUUCUGAUUGGACAAAAUGAACAGUUGACAGAUGACAGUCGAGAUCUUCCCUUUAAACUGACGUCUUACCAAGACUUGUUCAAGAGGGGCAGUGAGAGACACAGAAAGCUAGAUGUGUUUCCAGACAUCCAGGGCAGGAGUGACCUGCAGCUGUGGAGUGGGGAGGGGGAGGACGAGGAGUUCAUUGAGUUGGUCACCAGAGUCAGGGGCACACAUGCUCUCUACUGGGAGUCAUUCGACGUCGCCUUCUUCAUCCUCUCAAACUUCACCUCACACUCCGUCUACACACACAACCACUACACUAAUGACAACACUGUACAACAGGAAUCGCAUGGAUUGAUGUCGGAUAGUGUGGGCAUGGAAGGGAGAGACACGGCGGAGUUCUCCAUACUUAAUGACUUUUUCACAGACGCCGACAGCAGAGAGAGGGAAAGAGAAAGAGCCACCGCAGACAUGAGCGCUCUACAAAGACGCAAGUUCGACCACAAUUUGGAUGAAAUGGCUGAUUCCGAUGCCGAAGGGAGUUCCGCGAGGAAGGCGAAGAGCUUCCCUCCUAUGCAUGUACUAAACGAUAUGGCAAUCACAGUGGGAAACGAAGCAAUGAUCAUUGGCAGAUUCGGCUACAGGGUGGGAGUGUUUGUCUCGAAACUGUCUCGCGAGACGAUCGAACUCGACUUUCGAAACGAAGUGGGAGACGAGGCAAAUUCUGACUGGUCCAAAAUUGGACAGAUACAUACAGGUUCCAAAGGUAGAGUGAUGUUCAAUUUCACACGCUCGGCCGAGUUGAAGCAGGGACUCUACAGUGUGCGGGCACUAUGUCCCGGGGAUCUGUCCAGGGCCAAGGCCACUCUCUGUGUGUUGCCCCCCAGAGGAGUGCAGGCUGUACUGUUCAGUAUAGAUGGAACAUUCGCAGACAGUGUCUCACUCACAGGCUCCAAUUCAAAGCUUCGCAGUUCUUCGGUGGAGUUGGUUAGAUUCUGGAGUGCACUGGGAUACCUGGUGGUGUAUGCCAGUGCCAGACCCAACAUCAUGAAGGAGCGAGUGAAGAGCUGGCUGGACGCUCAUGGGUUCCCGCCGUCUAUCUGUCUGUUUGUAGAGGGACUUAGUACCCCGGAGAAAAACAUGACGAAGAAGGCUAAUCUACUGAAGCAACUGAAAGAAAAUUUAGACCUGACGUACUUCGCAGCUUACGGAUCCCAAAAAGAUCUAGCAAUGUACUUGAAGCUGGGCAUUACCCAGGAGCGGCUGUUUAUUUUCCCGGAUCGACUUGCAGCAUCUCCUAGGUCCAAAAAUGUGGCUCAGUCUCUGGCAAAUUGUGAGAUAAUAUCCAAAAAUGGCAUUCCAGCACACGUGGCCAAUCUGAGGUUGAAGUCGAAACAGUUGACAUCCAAAAGUCCACUUCACUUUGCAAUACAGAGUUCAAGAAAGUCGGCCACAGAUUUUCCUCGCGCCAAAACAUCAUCCCUUACGGUGACGGGAAGCAACAACGAGUUUGUUUGUAUCUCAGAGGACAGUUGCAAUCUACCCGAAGUCUCCAUGCCAACCGCACCGAACUCGAAAUCACCCCGUCUGAGGGAGAAGCUUUUAGGCACUAUCCAAUCCAUCACAAAACGCGACACGCAACUAUCCCUCACUGAAAGCAGACAAUCAAAACAUGACCUCAAACAACCUUGAACUUUCCCGGAGUUAUUUAACUAGUAGAAACUAAUAAUGCAAAAAAUGAACAGUUUCGUUAUUGUCGUACAGUGUAAAAUAUAGUAUGCAUGUGCAGUGCACUGCAAAUUUUUAUUUUUCUAUCGUGAUUAUAUUCUAUGAAUACAAUUUCCUAAUAAUUGGCCAAACGUAUAGUUUCUGUACAUACACCUAUGUCUAAUUAAUUCAAGUUAAA